CAGCGGGAAGAACAGUUCCGCCAAGAACAAGCUAGGCUAGCUAUGCAAGAGCAAGAAAGACUGGCGAAAGCGGGCAAGAUCAUGAGCAAGCAGGAGGUUAUCAAGCUCUUCGAGUUGCACAAGGCGCAGUGGGACAAGAUUCAGAGUUUAAGCACCAUUCUCUGGGAAGACUUUCCCUGGCCAAUGUUUAAGAGACCAAAGGGUCCAGAUGAUUUGACAACUCCUGCGAUUAACGCAUAUAUGCUGUCGCCGUUGCACCCUAGUGAUAAGUCAACGAAGGAUAGGAUUAAGGAUAGCCUCAGAAAGUGGCAUCCAGAUCGGUUCAAUCAUUCGCUGCCCAAGGUGAAAGAGGAAGACAGGGAGAGGGUGCAAGAGGGCGCUGGAUCGGUAGUGAGAACCUUGAAUGAUUUGUUGCGCUCAAGUUCGCAUGAUGUGUUUUCAUAAGCCAGGGACUUUUUUUCAACAUGUACUUUUAUACCCCACUCAUCCAUUUGUAUGCGUAACCACCACGGAGUAUAUCAUAUCUGAUGUAAAGGAAAUGAAUUGUGUUUUAUUUGGAGUAACUUGGUCUUCUUGAGUGAGAUCUGGCGAGAGUUUGUGGCAGAUUUGCGGGUGUGGUUGGACUGUCGGGGUAGUUUCACAGCAACCGAAGAAAAAAAGGGUCAACUCACGCUCAUUUUCGUUCUCAUUAUCAGAAAGAAAAAAAGCAAAAAACAGUGGUCACUCUGGUGGGGUGUUGGUGGUGAAGGACAGACUGAGACGAGGCAGAGAGAAAAGACGUUUGGGGAAUGACUCAUUGAAAAAAGAUAACGUAGAGCACACGAGGGACUGGUGAUAUCUGAUGUUAUAUCUGGGAACAUAGAUCGAUUGCAGC